CGUGCGUGCCUAUCCAUGCUGCACGGCACGCGGGGAAGUAGGUAACUUUAAAAUGAGAUUUUCCCGAGUAACCUACGUCGAGUGAGGCACACGUCUAACCAGCCGGUCCUUUAUGCUUUUUCGUGCUCCGUCGUGAAACGUGGUGUCACCAAACCGCACAGUAUGGGAAAACGUAAAGACUACGAGGCUGACACAAAAACAGAGGCGAGCCCAGUACCAAAAAGGCUAAAAGAAUCCAAAACGUCCAAAAAGACACCAGUGAAGGAUAAGAAGGAGCCAGUACGGCGUAAAGGGAAAGAUGCAAAGACGGAAAGCGAGAAGAAGCCACAGAAAAGAACCACCAAGGCAAAAGUCUCGGAGCACAGGGCGUCCGCGGUGACGGAGGAAGAGGUGGAGGAAGAGCAGCCAGAAGGCGGGGAGGAUGACCUGAGCCCAGAAGAGAAGCGCGUCUUGGAGAGAAAGAUGAAGAAGCUACGCAAUAAGGAGGAGAAGAAUAGGAUGAAAGCAGAGGGGAAGACGGUGAAGAAGCAUGAGAUGGAGAAGGCCUCAGCCACCCAGCUGGCCCUGGAGUAUCUCACAUGCUGGUCUGAGAAGCGCAAGGAAUGGAGGUUCCAGAAAACGAGGCAGACCUGGCUUCUGCAGCACAUGUUCGACACGGAGAAGAUCCCGGAGGAACACUUUGCGGUGCUGCUGUCCUACCUGGAGGGGCUGAAAGGGGGUGCACGGGACACCACAGUGCAGAAGGCGGAGGCCCUGGUGCGGGAGCUGGAGGGGGAGGGGGCGCAGCAGAGCGACGGCCAGCAGAGGGCGCAGAGAGCCAGGGAGGUCGUCCAGCUGCUGUCCUGAUGCAGCCCAGUGCAACCUUCACACCCUGGGAUUCUGUCGGCCAGCUAACAUGAGUGCCUGGACACACCCCCAUCUGGCCUUUGGGUGGCUUUCAGUGCUAGAUAUAGAGAGCAGCUCAGUCCAGUACAAGUUGCAGCAUAUGAUAGUCAGUCUUUCUAGAUUCACUGUUCACCUGAACCUUUGUGAUGUUUCUAAGGAAUGUCCAAUGUUACUCACCAGGGUGUUAUUGCUAUGAAUUACAUUAUGAUUUAAUUUGUUUUAAUUGUUCUGUAUUUGACUGUAUUUUUUUUUAAAGAGGUAUACUUUAUUAUGUUCAGUAGCCAAUGCAGUUGGAAAGGUGGAUCUACCCAUUUGUCAAAUUCAGUCAACAGAAGUGAACCAGAUUCACUUUUUUUAAGUUGAUGGAAACCUAAAGCAACCAAUCAACAGCAAAUAUCAACUAGCAGCAAUGUAGUGACACCUGUCUGCUUUAUCUCAGGGUUUCCAGGGGUGAAAACAGGGCUUGCCAUGAACCAAUUAGGAGAUUGUUCAUUUUUUAGCUUAGAAUAGUUAGAAUUAGAAGUUCUGCACCUCUUGUGUGUUAUUUAUUUAUAUAUGAAUUAAUUUUGUGAAAUGCCAGCAAUAAUUUCCUCCACCUGACACGUCUCCCCAAAUGAGACCGGUGCAAUUGCCUGUCCAAAAGUUCUCUCUGUGACUCACUGACCAUCACAAUGCUCUCCUGUUACCAAAUAGGGAAAGACUGUUCUCAUCAACUAUAUACAUAAUUUUGUCUCAAUUUUCCUUUCUAUAUGACUAAAGGGUUUUGAAAAGACAUCUAUGGUACAUGAAAUAAAAGCUUUGAAGAACAACAGUGUA